UGUCUCAUUCUCUCGCAGCCAGUCUGAGCGGAUAACGAAAGCGAACGGAGAAACAGAUCGAAUAGAACGGCCGAGCAACACACGGCAUAUAGCCUACUUCAACACACGGGAUAUAGCCUACUUCAGGGGUUGAUAGAAGAUUGUUUGCAUCGACCGUCCAACUAUUUGGAAGAGCCAGGAUGUCCAGUGAGGUGCAGCCCAGCUCAAGGCCGGACGACAGUCCCAACACCAGUGGGGGAAGCUGGGACGUGGAGCAGAGAGAGGUGGCCCCUCCGGUUCAGGAGCAGGGUCAGGAGAGGGAUCAGACAACGCCCAAGAAGAAAGAGGCCAAGAUAUCUAGCAAGACUGCUGCCAAGCUCUCCACCAGCGCCAAGAGGAUUCAGAAGGAGCUCGCUGAGAUAACCUUGGACCCGCCACCUAACUGCAGUGCUGGUCCGAAAGGAGACAACAUCUAUGAGUGGAGAUCCACCAUCCUGGGGCCACCAGGCUCUGUGUACGAGGGAGGGGUCUUCUUCCUAGAUAUCGCCUUUACACCAGACUACCCCUUCAAACCACCCAAGGUGACGUUCCGUACCAGGAUCUACCACUGUAACAUCAACAGUCAGGGUGUGAUCUGUCUGGACAUCCUGAAGGACAACUGGAGCCCCGCCCUCACCAUCUCCAAGGUGCUGCUGUCCAUCUGCUCCCUGCUCACUGACUGCAACCCUGCUGACCCUCUGGUAGGAAGCAUCGCCACCCAGUACACAACCAACAGACCAGAGCACGACAGGAUAGCCAAACAGUGGACCAAGAGAUACGCCACAUAGUCUGACAGCAAGGACCUCCACUGUCCCCCUCCCAGACCCACCGCCACCACCCAAAAUCUGUGGAGCACACCGACCCCUCACCCCUCCGCCCCUAGCCUGGCCCCAGAUCUGGUUGUGUUGUAUAGCCAACUCCUAUAGUCAUCGCAUGCCAAACAAUGAAUUAUUGGUGUGUUUGGUAUGACAAUGAUGAAUUACAUUGACAUUUAAGUCAUUUAGCAGACGCUCUUAUCCAGAGCGACUUACAGUUAGACCAAUAGUAUUUGGCUAUACAGCACAAACAGAUUUGGGACCAAGCUACUUGCCCCCCCACUCUGAGCCCCAAAUCUGUGGAAGCACACCCACCUGACCUGAUUCCCCCCCCCCCCCCCCUUCCUCAUCACAGAUGGCACCUUCAUUGGGGAGUACGGACUCAUAGUAAUGGCUGGAACUGAGUGAAUGGUAUCAAACACAUGGCACACCCAACCCUCCUCUGACAACAUGAACUGUUAUUUGUCCCAUGCAGACACUUGAUCACUUCUUUUUUUUAUACAAAGAGUAUAUUGGGAAUUUCUUUCCAAUACACCGAAUGUUGAUGUGGUCAUGAAAGCUUUAAUACUGUUAUUCUUGUUGUUGUUCGUAUUAUUACAUCGUUUAUUGCUUUUUUUUAUAUGCAUUAUCAUGAGGUUUUUUUAAUACUAGACCCUUUAUGUGAUUGAUGAAAAAUGUAUUCUAUUCUAGAGCAUUCUAGUCCAUUCAUUCUAGAGCCCAUGCAUUAAAGACUCCAUGCAUUCUAGAGCCCAUGCAUUAAAGACUCCAUGCAUUCUAGAGCCCAUGCAUUAAAGACUCCAUGCAUUCUAGAGCCCAUGCAUUAAAGACUCCAUGCAUUCUAGAGCCCAUGCAUUAAAGACUCCAUGCAUUCUAGAGCCCAUGCAUUAAAGACUCCAUGCAUUCUAGAGCCCAUGCAUUAAAGACUCCAUGCAUUCUAGAGCCCAUGCAUUAAAGACUCCAUGCAGUGUUGUUUAAGAGGCCAGCUUCAAUUUAAGCCUGUCUGCAGAAUUAGUGUCUACAAAUGCAGAGUGGACUUUAUUCUAUGAUGAAUCAUUUGAUGUUAUUUGUCUGCCCCAAGAAGUUAUUGACAUGACAGUAAGGCUGUCUGGAUCUGUGUGUAGCUGGUCUUACUGCUCACCUCCUGUGGUGCUAGCCAGCUGGCAGUUGUUUGCUGUACAUUUGCCUUGUGAGAAUACAUACUUAUUGAAUACUCAAUUAAACACUGGUUGUAAUGUUAA